UGUCGACAAUUUUUUUUUUUGUUUACUUCAUAGCGCCAUGUCUAAUAAUAACAAUAUUAACAAAAUACAAAGUAAAGAAAAUACAAAUGAAUAUAUUAAUUGGAUUAAAGAAGCUCUUUCUAAAGAAUAUUUUAAAUAUUACGAAUUUGAAAAUUUUAAAAAUAUUCAAGAAAUUGGUUCCGGAGAAUUUGGAAAAGUUUACCGUGCAAAUUGGAAAAAUCUUGAACAUUAUUUAACGUUAAAAUCUUUUUUUAAUCCCAAUAACAUCACCAUAAAAGAAAUUGUUAAUGAGCUUAAAUUUCAACGAGAUGUAAAUUUUCAUGUCAAUAUUAUUCGCUAUUACGGAAUUACAAAACUUGAAUCAGAUUACUGGUUGGUAAUGGAAUACGCAGAUGGUGGUACUCUUCGAGAUUAUUUGAAAAAUAACUUUAAUAGACUUACCUGGAAACAUAAAUAUAACUUGGCUUACCAAUUAGCUUGUUCUGUAUCAUUUCUGCAUGAUAAAGGAAUUGUUUACCGAGACUUGCAUUCUUGUAAUGUAUUGGUUCAUCAGAAUUCCAUCAAGUUGUCGGACUUUGGGCUAUCAAAAAGGAUUGAUGAGGCAUCUUAUUCACAAUCAAAAUUACUUGGUAUGGUGCCCUAUAUUGAUCCAAAAAUAUUAUUGUUCAAUAGUUUAAAAUUAAAUGAGAAGAGCGAUGUAUAUAGUAUUGGCGUAUUGUUAUGGGAAAUAUCAAGCGGGAUCCCACCAUUUCAUGAAGAGUCAAAUAUGUUGAAUUUAACCUAUGAAAUUUUGCGUGGUCGAAGAGAAGAGAUUAUUCCUAAUACUCCUAAUGAUUAUUCUAAUCUCUAUAUUGAAUGUUGGAAUGAUAAACCAAACAAUCGACCAUCUAUGCAUAAAGUUGUUGAUAGGUUGGAAAAAUUUAUUUCAACUGAAAAUUCAUUACAUGGAAAAGUAUCUCAAAUAAUCGAAAAUUUUAAUAAUACGAAUAUAAAUGAAAUAGAUACGAUUAUUACAAAUAAUGAUAAUGAUAUUUCAUCUGAGAAUUCAAGCAUAAUAGUUAAUGAAAUAGUUAAUCUCAUUUUUAAGGAAGUUAAUAAAAGAAAUGUGACAAAAUCUUAUGUUCUUGAUUAUCUUAAUAAUCAUAAUAUAAAUUCAAAAGAAAUUUAUAAUUGGUUAUUAAAUAAUCAAAAUGCUCCGAAUUUCAUUUUUUUACUUGGAUAUUUUAAUUAUGUAGGAAUUGAAACAAUUAAGGAUUAUAAGAAAGCAUUUAAUUUAUUUAAAAAUUUAUCAGAACAGGAUCAUUUAUUAGCACAAUGUUAUGUUGGAGGAUGUUAUCAAUUUGGACAUGGAAUUACAAAACAUGUAAAGUUAGCUUUUCAAUAUUAUGAAAAAUUGGCCAAUAAAGAAUAUGCAAUAGGACAAUUUAAAUUAGGUUGGUUUUACGAAAAUAAAUUAAGUGUUAACAAAGAUUUAAAAUUGGCUGCAUAUUGGUAUGAAAAAGCUGCAAAUAAUGGAAAUUUGAUAGCUAUGUUUAAUCUUGGUUAUUUACAUAAAGAUGGAAAUGGUGUUAAUAAAAAUGAUCAAAAAGCUUUUGAAUUAUUUAAAAAAUCAGCCGAAGGAGAAUAUUCAGGUGGAAUAUCAAUGUUAGGAUAUUGUUAUGAUAUUGGUAUUGGAAUUAAUAUUGAUAAACGAAAAGCAGCUGAAUUAUACCAAGAAGCUGCAAAUUUAGGAAAUGAGAUAGCACAAUAUAAUUUAGCGUUGAUGUAUGAAAAAGGAAACGGUAUUGAAAAAGAUUUGGAUAAAGCAAAGUAUUGGUAUAAAAAAUCUGCUAAUCAAGGAGAUAAAGAUGCAAAAAAGAAAUUAAAAACACUCAAAACACUCAAAAUCUAGAAACAAUAUAUAUAUAUAUUAUUUAAAAAAAUAUGUUCGUUUUAUUUACAUAGAAAAGUAACAUUCCAAAUUUGUAGUAUUGU